CUCUCCCCAGAGAACACUGGUCACCAAUUCCUUGUACAUUCAUUUAAGCUGCCUUAGCUGGGGGAACGGAACAAUGAUAUCAUUAAGUUUAUUUUUUUUCCUUUAUAUAUUUUCCACAUCAUCUGCUUCCAUUAGAGUUCAGACAGCAGGUCCAAGGCUUAACAAUGAUAAGGUAUAUAAAUAUUUAUACACAACAGAAGUAUUCAUUGAUAGACCCAGUGGAUCUCUCCCGGACAGUGUGGGCUACAAGAUUUCAUCAGAAGUAGAGGUCAAUUUAAUAUGGAGAAAUCCUAAGAGCAAAGAUGACCAACUCAUCAGAAUUGGGAUGAAAAAUAUUCAGGUGGAUAAUAUAUAUAAACGCCCAAAUGGUCAAAAUAUUUUCUCUGAAACCAGUGCUGCAAAGAUCCUAGGGGAGACUACCCUGUCUAUUCUUCAGAGACCAAUCCUUAUACAAUGGAACCAUGGAAAGGUGAAAACACUGUAUCUGUACCAGAAUGAACCCACAAUCCUUGCAAACAUCAAGAGAGGCUUGGCAAGCUUGUUCCAGAUCCAGCUAAGUUCUGGUACUGUCACUGAGGCUGAUGUUUCGGGUAACUGUAAAGUAACCUACCAGGCACAACGCAACCAGGUGACCAAAACCAAGGAACUUAACAGCUGCAAGAUUUCAAAAACUGGGUUCACAAAUUCUAACAAGGUCAUGGGUAUUUCACGCAAGCAAACAUCCAGCUCUAUUUACAUUAUUGAAGAUGACAUGAUUAAAUCUGUGUUGGCAGAAGAGAAUCACGUGUUGACUCUUAACGUGUAUGAGACCAUAGCGGCCAAAAUAAUCUGCAAACAAAAGCUGGAGCUACAGUCCAUUGAAGCUGGACCCAAGGAAAUCGCAGGAAAACAGAUGGCCAGUGUAAUAAAGGCAGUAGAUGCUAAGUAUGCAGCUAUUCCGGUAGUGGCUGAUCAGCUGAAGAAUAAGGAAUGCAAAAGCUGUCCUUUGCUUUUGCAGCAAUGGCAGACCAUUCGUAAGCACCUGAAGCCUGACAAUCUUUCAAAAGCCAGUGCAGCCCAUAGCUUUCUAUCUCUGAUCCAGAGUCUUCGCAGAGCAAGGAAGUCAGAUAUUGUUACACUUCUCAAGACGGAAAAAGAGGAUGUGCUCCCUCAGCUGGUUGAUGCUGUGACUUUUGCUCAAACACCUGAUACUCUAGAGGCCAUUUUGGAGUUUUUGGACUUUGUUAAUGGAAGCCGACCUCUGUUACAAGAGAGAUUCCUGUAUGCCUGUGGCCUGGCCUCACAUCCAAAUGAAAGCAUGCUGAGAGCUCUGCUGGACAAAUACAAGGGAAAAAUUGGAAAUGAUGAGAUUAGAGAAACGGUUGUUAUAAUCAUUGGCGCUCUUGUCAAGAAACUGCAUCAGACCGGACAUCCUGAACUGCCAGCAGUUGUGGAAGCCAAGAAGUUAAUCUUGGAUGGUGUACAAAACGCAGAUAAACCUUCUGAUAUCAAGACGUACCUUUUAGCCCUGAAAAAUGCCAAUCUGCCUGAGGGGAUUCCUUUGCUGUUGAAAUAUUCAGAAUCUGGGCAGGGGCCUGUCAGCAGCAUUGCUAUCAGUGCUCUACAGAAAUGUGAUAUCUCGCUGGUCACUCAUGAGGUGAAAAAGAUCAUGAACAGGAUCUACCAUCAGAAUUAUAAGAUACAUGAGAAGACAGUGAGAACAUCUGCAGCAGAUAUAAUACUGAACAACAAACCUACUUACAUGGAAGUUAAAAACCUGCUUCUUUCUAUUGGGGAGCUCUCACCAGAGAUGAACAAGUAUAUGCUCUCUGUCUUCCAAGACAUUCUUCAUUUUCAGCUGCCAGCCAGUAAGGUCAUUCAGGAAGUUUUGAAAGAUAUGAAGGUUCAUAACUAUGAUCGUUUUUCUAAGUCUGGAUCCUCAUCUGCUUAUUCUGGAUAUGUGAUACGUGGCUCUGACUCAGCAACAACAUACAGUCUUGAUAUCCUCUAUUCCGGAUCUGGCAUCAUGAGGAGAAGCAACAUGGAUACCUUUGUCUAUUCCAAAAACACAGAACUGCACGCUAUUCAGGUUGUGAUUGAAGCUCAAGGUCUUGAAACUUUAAUAGCUGCGACUGCUGAUGAAGGAGAGGAAGAAUUAGAGUCCUUUGCUGGUUUGUCAGCCAUCUUGUUUGAUGUUCAGCUUCGGCCUGUAACGUUUUUCCAAGGAUACAGUGAUUUAAUGUCAAAAAUGUUCUCCGCAACCGGUGACCCAAUAAAUGUGGUUAAAGGACUUGCGCUUCUAACAGACCAUUCUGAGGUUAUUCAGCUGCAAUCUGGGCUGCAAGCCAACACAGAGUUCCAGGGUGGAUUGGCCAUUGAUAUCUCAGGAGGGAUGGAUUUCAGCCUGUGGUAUAGAGAAUCUAAAACCAGUGUUAAUAAUCGUGGGGCUAUGGUCAUUAUAGGAAACGUAACCAUUGAUGCAGAAUUUGUUAAUGCUGGCAUAGAAACCCGCUUUGAAACAGAGUCGUCAUUCAACUUCAUUACAACUGUGAAGUUUUCAUCAUAUCCAUUUUUGGUCUGCAUGCAAAUGGAUAAAGGAUCAUUUCCAUCCAGGCGAUAUAUAACAAAGUAUGAGAGCUUGCCCUGUGGAAAGUCAUACGUAUCUCGGAAAGGAAAAGUACAAACUGUGGCAGGUUCUGAACUUCCACUUCAUCAAGAGAACUCCAACAUGUGCAGGGCAGUGUUCUCAGAGCAAGAAGAUCCCACUGACAGCUGGUUCUGAGGCUUAGCAAAAACAUUAUACUCUAAUGAACCAUUUGGUCUUGCUGGAGGGUUGUGUAUGUACUGUAUUUGCUUAGUGCAUACAUAAAGUUUACAUAUUUACAUGUAUUUAAGUCAUUUGUAAAGUGUUAAAGAAUAAAGAAUUUGGUGGUUACGAA